CGCACCAGAGACGGCGAACAUGACUGAAAUUAUAUCAAACGCGUUCUGUCUCGCGUUGUUCUUGGGUUUGGGGGUUUCAACACCUCAAGGAAGUAGGUACAACGAACCGAUUCUACAAAAUGAAAGAUAUAGUGAAUUCAAUGCAGCACGAAAGUUUGAUGAACCCGCGGUGGCGUACGAUGUUAAAUAUAAGCCGAAUGGAGUAAUGGGGCAGGAAGCUGAAAGGGAUCUAUUAUUUCAAAAUGCAGGCUAUAAUCAAAAUACCUUUCAAGGCAAUAGAGAGGAAAUUUCGCUAAAUACCCAGCAUGUGCCUCUCAAUCCAUCUUUAACAAAUCAAGAAUAUCAGCGAGAAUCAGUUCUAAACAAAUAUGAAAUAAGUGCCAUCAACAACGAACAAAGGAUAUUGCAUAAAUAUCCAGAAGAUUUCAAAAAUAUCAACAUACAAAGGAAUAUAAUGCCCCGGGAUAAAGAGGAGCUUAUCAAUGAGGAAAGGAAUAUAAAGAAAGUAAAAGAUCUCGCACCUGCAGUGCUAUAUAAACCUUCCUUGUCUCAAGUAAACAGAAUUCAAAACUUUCGACCAAACUAUGAAGAAAACCGUGAAAUCAAUGUUCCUGGCAUCGGUGCCAUGAUGUCAGAAUCAAAUAACAACAGAAAUGUUAUUUUAUCAAAAGUAAAUUCUAUUUCUCAAAUAAACCAUAUCAAUGAGAGACUCAAUUUGCCAGUUGAGCGUUUAGCCAAUAGCAUGGACCAAAAUCGUGACGAAGACGGAAUACAAAUAGACGUACCAAUAGCAACACCUGAGUACAUAAAUUCAAUUUUGAAUAACUACAAACCCAUGACACAAAGAAACUUAGUCUCCCUUAAUGGUAUGAAAAAUGAAAAUAGUUUACUUUAUAGUACACAAAACAUAAAAGGAACCUUUCAAAAUCCUUCAGCAGAAAUUCUUUACAAGACAGGCCGAGCAAAACCAUAUGAAAUAAGUAGCGAACAAAUAUCAGAUUUGCCUCAGGGACAAGCACGCGUGGGAAAUAUUUUAAGCAACCCUCAAAGAUUAAAAGAUAUUUAUAUAUCUUCAAAACCAUCGAAGCGUUACAUGGUUGUGUAUCCAGAUGGUAGAGUGGAGCAAGUUGAUGAGUUGGAAAAAAUCCAGAAAAAUUAUCCAAAUUAUGUAAUGCUUCAAGCUAAAGAACUUUUGCAGAAAAGUCAAGUGAACCCAGUUAUAACUCCUGAAAUACGAGGCUCUGAUAAGCCAGUUCUCUCUACUAUUUCGCCGAUACUACCAAUAAAUCCCUUAACGGAUAGCAAAACAAAUCAAUUAAAUAAAAUUGAUUCUCAAACUGUAAAAGAUCAAAAAGUACCUGUCACUACCGACACUGUCAUUGGUCCGUAUAAAGAUGCUGAAGAUCUGUUGUCAGAUUUGAAGCUCGAGAAGGCUGAAAUAGAACCCAUUAAUCCAGUUCAGCAAGUCUCUUCUUAUAAUGAGAACGUAAUAAGUACACCUGAAAUUAGUCAAGGACAAAACAUUUUGGAUAAAAAUGAAUACCCAAAUCCUGGCCAUAAUGAAAUAAUUCCUACAACAGAAAUCCCCUCAAAGGAAGAAAUAGUUACAACUACUAAAAACACGGUAUCAGUUGAACCGGACCCUCCUGGGAAUAAUCAAGUUUCUGAUAAUCAAGAUCAACACAAUAGAUCCUCGCUAGAUAAUAGUCGUGAGAUAGAUCAAUUGCCUACAAAGUCGGAAAAAGUAACAGAUAACCAUAUAAAACCUAAUAAAAGCACAGAAUCAAAUGAAAAUUAUGAGGAGGGUAAAACUACAGAAACCUCUAAUCCUGAAAUACGUUCCCCUAACGAAGACACAGAAUUAUCUAAUCAAAGUUUAGGUUCAGAUAUAAGCAGUUCCCCAACGCCACCCGAACUAUCGCAAAAUACUGAAGCUAGUAAGACAAACGUAUCAAAUGAGACAGUAACCGCUGAUGGAGACAAGGAUUCAAAUGGGAAAAUACCUAGCACAGAAGUUGAAAAGAAAUAUGAUGAUGAAAACGUAGAUAGCAUAGCACCGGGUACGGAAUCGGAUAUAAAUUCUACUACCAGUGAAGCUACUUCACUAUUUUCUCCAGUGAACCCUGAAACAACGGAUCCCACGAUAGACAGAACAACGGUCGAAAAUGAAAGUAAAAACAUAACCAAUUAUACACCACUUUUAUCAAAUGGAGGAGCACUUAUAGAUGGAGAGGAAGCCUCGAAUUCAACUCAACCGGAAUCAAUUAGUUCAAUCUCCAGUCAGGGAGAUAAUAAAAACACUUCUAAAGUCCAGUCUUCUGAUGUGUAUGAUGAUGCUUCUUAUAAGGAUGCGUCUCCCUCUCGUAAUAAUUCUGAAAGUAUACCCCUUGAAGACGACGUUUCACGAGAGGAAUCAGAUUUAAAUAAAAAGCCGAGCUUAAGUCUUAAACAGAAUGUAUCCAAUUCUGAGGAGGAAUUGAACCCUAUAUCAAAGGAAAGUGUGAAAGAAAAUUCAAGUAUAGCGAUCGACGACGUCCAAGACACAGUUAUAAAUUCAAGUCCAGACAGUGGACUGUCCGCUUCAAAUAAUGGAGAGAGUUCAGUACCAAUAGCUACUUCUUAUGAUUCAUACUACCAGAAUUCUACCGACAAGAAUGUUGAAGAGAGACGCUAUGAAGAUGAAGACGAUAAAGAAGAAACGUCAAAUGAUAAACUUCAAACAGACGUGUCCACACCACCAGCUAGUGCUGAAAGUACAGACAGUGAACCAUCGUGGUUUAACUUCAAUGAGAGUCUGUUAAAAAAGCUAUUGAGUAACGAUGACUUACACAAUUCAUUCUAUUUCUUGUUCCCGCGACCGAAACCUAAUAUAAAAGAGACGAAAGAGACAAUUUAUCCGAACGGAACCGUCGUUAUUGAGACGACUCAGACGAUGGAUGCUGACGACGGAGAGAAAACUACUUCAAAAUCAACUCAUCGCUGCGUUAGUUGUAGAGCAUGUAACAAUACCUAAAAACAUAAUAAAUGAUUGAGAGCAGUCAUUAUUGUUAUUAAAAGUCUCAAAUAAUUGUAAACGAAUGUAUUGGGGGAGUUGUUUAAGUAUAUAUAACAUUUGUUGUAAUUCAAGUAUGUUUUAUUUAUAUAACUUUAUUUCAAACCACUUCAUGUAAAGACGUAAGCAACUAGAUUUUCAAAAGUGGAAAAUUAUUGAAUAUUCUUCCUAUUGAUUUAAUAGCUUGCAGAAUAAACUACACAUUAAGGUAUAUAAUAAA